AUAUCCCUUUUCCAUUUUGUGUCUAGUAGUAUUAUAUGUAACACUAUUCCUUCGCCACUUUCCUCACCUCAUUCUUCACCUUCCCCACUAAACUGGAAAAACAACCAAACAUGGCUUACCGUUCCUCCAUACUUGUCCUGCUCCUCUUCCUGUCCGCCGCCUUAUCAUCGUCAGUGGCGGACAUGUCCAUCCUAACCUACGAUGAAAACCAUCACAUGAACAGCCAGUCAACAAACUGGCGUACUGAUGCUGAAGUGUUGGCUUUGUACGAGUCGUGGCUAGUCCAGCACGGCAAGUCCUACAACGCCUUACAUGAAAAAGAUAAGCGUUUUCAGAUCUUUAAGGAUAACUUAAAGUACAUCGAUGAACAAAAUGCUAUGCCCGAUUGGACUUACAAGCUGGGUUUAACCCGGUUCGCUGAUCUGACAAACGAGGAAUACCGGUCCAUGUACCUAGGUACUAAGAUCGAUGGUCCACGUAAGUUGUCUAAGAACAAAAGUGACCGUUAUGCUCCUAAGGUCGGAGAUAUCUUGCCGGAGUCAGUUGAUUGGAGAGAGAAAGGUGUUCUUGUUGGUGUUAAGGAUCAAGGACAGUGUGGUGAGCUUUUGCGUUCUUUUUCAUUUUAGCAGUUUAACUUUUUUAUAAUUGGAACCUUUUCGUGAGUCUUCUUGACGAUACUUUGAAUUA